CCUACACUCAUUAACGAUUAUAAUAAAUUUUCAAAAGUUUCUCAACAACGCUUCGCUUCGCUUCUUCGGUUCCGUCGUCGUUACUACUUAUAACCGUAAAACCCCAACUACCAUUCCCUCUCUUCUCAUUUCACCCUAAAUUCUCAGAUCUACCUCUCUCUCUCUCUCUCUCUCUCUCUCUCUCUCUCUCUCUUAUGGCUUCUACGGUUGUUGCCACCGCCACCGGGAUUUCCGAACCGCCGCCUCUGGCUCCGCUGGAUCCUUCUCCAUCCAGAUCAGCCUCAGCCGACGCCAUUGAUCGGAACGAUUCUUCCAAUUCCUCGCCGAACCUUUGCACGGAUGCUGAAAUUCAGUUACAGUCUCCAGACGAGUUGAAGAGUGAAGAAUAUCGUCAAUUGUUUCGUCUUCCAACAGAGGAAGUCCUUAUUGAAGAUUUUAAUUGUGCCCUCCAGGAAAACAUACUUAUUCAGGGUCAUAUGUACCUCUUUGUCAACUUUAUUUGUUUCUACUCGAACAUAUUUGGGUUUGAGACAAAGAGAAUAAUCCCAUUCCUUGAAGUCACAAGUGUACGGAGGGCAAAGACAGCAGGGCUCUUUCCCAAUGCAAUUGAAAUUCUUGCCGUAAGCAAGAAGUACUUCUUUGCAUCCUUCCUAUCCCGUGAUGAAGCUUUCAAGAUUAUUAAUGAUGGAUGGUCGCGACACCGCAAUGGUCCCAGAGCAAUUACGGAACAGCAGGAAUCAAUAUCUGAGUCCAGCAGCCAGGAGAAUGGAUUUAUAGCUAUUGAAAAUGAAAAAAAUUGCAUUAUACCAGAUGAUGAGUCUCUUUCGACCGACCAGAGCAAAGAUACUUCUAUGUGCAAAGAUGUGGGGCUUCCAUCCGUUGUUGGAGAUGACCCUGUAUUGAUGACAGUUUCAGAGAAUCAAUCCAGUGUAAAACGGGCUGCUGAACCUGAAUUGAAUAAUGAUGCCCCAAGUUUUAGGUGGAACUGGACUGAGGAAGAUAUUGAUGCUCCGACAACUCCGGAAGCUUAUACAUGUGUAGCAGAAUCAGCGUUUCCGAUAAAGGUUGAAGAUUUCUUUAGGUACUUUUUCUCAGAUGAUGCUGUAAAUUUUCUUGAGUCUUUUCAUAAAAGAUGCGGAGAUAAAGACUUUAAGUGUGCUUCAUGGCAACCUCAAGAGAAAUUUGGGUAUGCUCGUGAACUGUCAUUUCAACAUCCAAUAAAACUUUAUCUUGGAGCAAAAUUUGGUGGCUGCCAUGAAGUCCAGAAAUUUAGAGUUUACAAGAACAGUCAUGUGGUUAUAGAGACAUCGCAAGAAGUCAGUGAUGUACCUUAUUCAGAUUAUUUCCGUGUUGAGGGACUGUGGAAUGUAGAGAGAGACAAGGAUGAAUCAAAAGAUUGCUGCAUUUUGCGGAUAUAUGUGAAUGUAGCAUUUUCGAAGAAAACUAUUUGGCAAGGCAAAAUAGUGCAGUCAACAAUUGACGAAUGUCGAGAGGCUUAUACGACGUGGCUGAAAAUGGCUCAUGAGUUGUCGAAGCAGAAGAGUCUUGAAAAACAAGGUUUGGCUUCUGCAAUUAAUAUAGAUAGAGAAGCGAAGACUGGAGAAUCUUCAGAAGUAUCACAGGAGCAAAGUAACCCUACAAGGAUACAAGCUACACCCAAUGCGGUUGAUGCUAUCCACCAUGUUGGCACUCACUUGCAAGGAAAUUUCAUUGACAUGUCGUCUGUUCCAUCUUUGUUCAAAGAGUUUUUGACAAAGUUCAGGUCAUCUAUUAAAAGUCAGAGCAAUCUUUCCCUGCUCCUUGUUGCCAUUUUCGCUCUGAUUUUCUUCAUGCAGCAGUUUAGCAUACUUGUGCUAUUGGCCAGACCGCAACACAUACAUGUAAACACUCCCGUAGACUUUACGAAUAAGAUGGAAAAUGGAGUAAGUAGAAGUUUUUCAGACAUAGCAUGGCUGGAGAAAAGAAUUCAUCACCUUAAAGAUGAGAUGUACAUGGUUGAGACUAGGCUUGAAAGGAUGCGGUAUGAGCAUGCUCUCUUAAAAAAGCAACUAAAAGAUCUAGAACGUAAAUAGCUACCCAAUUUCAUUGUUGAAUCAUAUAUCUCUCUUUCUCUCUAUAGCAUCAUUUUUGUAUAGAUAUAUGUGAUGUAUGGAUCUGACAUUUAAUUUCGUAAUGUCUUUCCUCAACGAGGACUUUAUGUUUGUGCAUGUUUGCCAGCAUUAAUGUUUUAUGA